AUGGCUUCAAGAAGCACAGCCCAAUCCGAUCACUCUCUUCGCUCACAAAGCAUCUUCGAAGCUCUUGAAACAUUGAUCUUUUACGUGACUCCACCCAGGUUACUAGGCAAAGUUGCAGUGGUUACGGGAGGUGCUAGCGGCAUUGGAGAGAGCAUCGUUCGUUCGUUCCUCAAACACGGCGCCAAGGUCUGCGUGGCCGACAUUCAAGACAACGUUGGCCACCGCCUAGUCGAAAGCCUCAGCCACGACGGCUUUGACGUCUCCUACGGCCACUGCGACGUGACCAUCGAAGAAGACGUGAAGCAUGCAGUCGACACCGCCGUGGACAAGUACGGCGGCCUCGACAUAAUGGUCAAUAACGCCGGAAUAGCCGGCUCGUUCGCCCCGGACGUACGCCACGUCAACAUCUCAGACUUUGAGCGGGUCAUGGACGUGAACGUGAAAGGCGUGUUCUCGGGGAUGAAGCACGCGGCGCGCGCGAUGAUCCCCGCGGGCAAGAAAGGGUCGAUUGUGUCGACGUGCAACAUCGCGGGGGUGGUGGGCGGUGGGCCCCACGCGUACACGGCGUCGAAGCACGCCGUGUUGGGGCUGACAAGGAGCGCGGCGGGCGAGCUAGGGCGGCACGGGAUACGCGUCAACUGCGUGUCGCCCUACUGCGUUAUAACGGGGAUGGCGUCGGCCCUCGUGCCCGAGGGAAAGAGGGACGCCGAGGAGAAAUUCUUAGCCGCUUUAGAUCGCGCCAUAGUGGCUGGCGCCAACUUAAAGGGCGUGGCGCUGACUGUGGAUGACGUGGCAGACGCCGUGGUUUUUUUGGCGAGUGACGAGGCGAGGUAUAUAAGCGGGGCGAAUCUCGUAGUUGAUGGAGGAGUCACGUCCAUCACUAAGAGCAUCCAUAACGCUUACACGAUAGAGCUUACACGAUAG